AUGCCGCUCAACCUGCGCAAGCGAGAGUUCACCAGCCGCUGCCACGGCUCUUCCAUGGUGCACGAGCUGGCCACACACAUGAGCGCCGUCUCUUCGCGCUACGAUGGCGGCAGCCACAUCUACAACCUCGAGUGGCGGCCCGACGGGAAUGUGCUGGUGGCGGUCGGCUACGACGGCACGGUGCGCAUGUACGACCCGUUCAACAAGAAGCUCUUUCACAAGAUCGAGAACGCGCACAACAACAGCAUCAACGUGGCGCGAUACAUCAGCGACCACCUCCUGGUGACGGGGAGUGACGACGAGACGUUGAAGCUCUUCGACACGCGCUUCCCCUCGCGAUGCCUGACUACCUUCCACGGCCACAGGUGGGUGGGGUGA